AUGCUUCAAGUCCACCAAUCACCUUUCCUGUCCUGCUAUCAUAUGUGCAAUUUUGGGAUAUCCGAUACUGAUGAAAAUCUUCCGUUUAUUACUUUAACAUUUGCACAAUCAAUCGAUUCAAGGAUUAGUAGCUCUCCUGGAGUCAGAACCUCAAUUUCACAUCUAGAAACUAAAACCAUGACCCAUUAUCUACGAUCGAAGCACGACGCCAUACUCGUUGGAAUCGGUACUUUCUUGGCUGAUGAUCCAAGUCUGAAUUGUCGUUUCAAGAUAAAUGAUGACGACCCAAAUCAUUUGAUAAGACCUGUCAUUAUUGAUCCCACAUUCAAACUGGGCCCUUUUUAUGAAAAUUCUAAACUAAGACAAGCUUACUUGGAGAAAAAAGGUCUUCCGCCAAUUGUUUUAGUGAAAUUGUCCACGAUCAAUUCAAACCCCGAAAUCGAAAGCUUUUGCCUUCACCAUGAUAUUGUGCUGCUUCCAUUAGAUAAUGAGUCAGCACCCAGAUUUCAAUGGAUGGUAGUUUUCAGAGAAUUGAAGAAGCGAUCCAUCAGGUCAGUCAUGGUUGAGGGAGGCGCAUCGGUAAUUAACAGUUUGCUUUUAUCCAGAGAUUCGAGUAGUGGGAAGCCCCUGAUUAAUUCAUUAAUCAUAACCAUCGGUCCGGUUUUCUUGGGCAAAUCAGGAGUUGAAGUAUCCCCAUGUAAAGAACUCCACCUUACAGACGUAUCUUGGUGGACCGGGGUGCAGGAUUCUGUGGUAUGUGGUCACCUGAACUGAUAGUAUUUCUCAAGAGUUUUUAGCUUCAAGUUACUUGAGUAAAUGCUAGAUUGAUUGAUUAAUUUCGUUCAUUGGGACGUAUCUUUUAUACAGCGAUCAACCUUAAAGACAAAUUCUAUAGGAUGCGUAUCUUCCUGACGUCUCGGAUCUUCUAAUAAUCUUGACAACCUGUCCCCGACGGAGUCCCAAGUAUCGAGCAACAGGGUCUUCUCUUUGAAUUCUGGGUAACUGCGAUUCUUUUAAUCUAUACCGCGCCAGCAAUUCUUUUUUCUCCUCAGUCGACAGUCUGAUAUGUUUAGGAACUAAUUCAUGGUGAGUGAUGUUGACUAUGAUGUCAGCUUCCUGAAAUGUCUCGAUAAUGGCUGGUUCUGCAACCGCGAUCGCUUUUGUGGCCGAAGGAGUCAUGUUCUGCUGAUAGAUAAAAAUACCAGUAGCAAAAUUCUUGUCUGCAAUAUGCUGGCAGAAAUUCUUCAUAGUAGUUAUUCCGACAGAAGGCUCAUCGCAGAAUUCAACCCAUAAUGGUCCCAAGUCACCGUAUUUUUCAGCAGCUUCUUGUGAAGCAUUUGCUUGAAAUGACAUAAGUUUUCUUUGUGGCAUUCCCAUGGAAUCACAGAUCUUUUCUCUGAAUUGGUCAAGAGAUAUAUCAAUUUCCUCUUGUGUUAUGUAAUACCCGCGAUCUCUCACCAUUUCCUUCACAGUCCUAUAAGCCCUCCACAAUCGAGAGGUAGUGCGCUCAAUAUCAUCCAUGUUUGAGCGUGUUUUUUAGUAAGGAUUGGGAAAAAUCAGUGAUAUGCUUCUCAACUAGCAAGCACAAUAUUGGAGUAUUCCAGAUUGACACACACCCACGCCUUAACAAGUUUACAAGGCC